GACAGACAAGGAAGGACCAGCUGCGACUUGGGGAAGAAAGCCCACCGCCCAGGCCUUGAGAAACUACUCAGUUUCUCCAGUGCUGCUGUUUGUUAUCAGGCCGGUGUGCGCGUUUCUUCCCCGCAAGGGUGGGAACUACACCUUCAUGGCUGAGGUGAAGGUAAAGCUGCAGCUGCCGGACGCGGAUCCGGUAGAAAUAGAAAACAGGAUUAUAGAAUUAUGUCACCAGUUUCCUCAUGGAAUCACAGACCAAGUAAUUCAAAAUGAAAUGCCUCAUAUAGAGGCUCAGCAGCGGGCAGUGGCAAUCAAUAGACUGUUGUCUAUGGGUCAGUUGGAUCUCUUAAGGAGCAAUACAGGCCUUCUCUAUAGAAUAAAGGAUUCUCAGAAUGCUGGUAAAAUGAAGGGAUCAGAUAACCAAGAAAAACUAGUAUACCAGAUCAUAGAAGAUGCAGGAAAUAAAGGAAUAUGGAGCAGAGAUAUCCGGUAUAAAAGUAAUUUGCCAUUAACAGAAAUUAACAAAAUUCUAAAGAAUUUGGAAAGUAAAAAGCUUAUCAAAGCUGUUAAGUCUGUGGCAGCCUCAAAAAAAAAGGUAUAUAUGCUCUAUAACCUGCAACCUGACCGGUCUGUGACUGGUGGAGCCUGGUAUAGUGACCAGGAUUUUGAAUCUGAAUUUGUAGAGGUACUUAACCAACAGUGUUUUAAGUUCCUGCAAACCAAGGCAGAAACAGCACGAGAAAGCAAACAGAAUCCAAUGAUACAAAGAAAUAGUUCUUUUGCAUCAUCACACGAAGUAUGGAAAUAUAUCUGUGAAUUGGGAAUCAGUAAGGUAGAGUUGUCCAUGGAGGACAUUGAAACCAUCUUGAAUACACUCAUCUAUGAUGGGAAAGUGGAGAUGACUAUCAUCGCUGCAAAAGAAGGCACAGUUGGCAGUGUAGAUGGACACAUGAAACUCUAUAGGGCAGUCAAUCCAAUCAUCCCACCUACGGGUUUGGUUCGGGCCCCCUGUGGACUCUGUCCGGUUUUUGACGACUGCCAUGAAGGUGGUGAGAUUUCGCCAUCCAACUGUAUUUAUAUGACAGAGUGGCUUGAAUUUUAAUACAGAGCUAUGAACUUUACUGACAUUUUGCAAAUAAAGUUACUUUGGGAGCAAAUAAAUAACUUCAUGCAUGAUGGAACAUCAAAUUCCAUUGAAAAUAAAUUUCACAGUAGUGGAUACAGACUUGCUGCUAUGAAAAUAUAUACUAUUUUAUCUAUGAAGAUUAAGCUUAUAUUGGUAAAGUGGUCAAGAGAAUAUAAAGCAGGUAAGGUUAGUAGUGAAAUCUCUUGUUCAGUAAAUAAAACACUCUGAAGUUCUGGAGGACAUCUUCUGAAGCCUUUAAGACUUGUGAUUGUUCAAGAAAAAAGAAGCCAACAGAUCCACAUAUAUCAAUGGAUAAUGGUUAUAGAGCCUAAAAAUGCCUGUUUUAAAGUUAUUUAUUAAGGUCUUCAUUGGCAAUUGCUUAUAUCUGGCUCACUAUCACUAUUUCUGUUUUCUCAGUGAUUCUGUUGGGAAGAAAUUAAAACAGGGAAUGCAGGAAUAGCAGAGCAGUGUACACAAAUUUGAGGUGUGAAGGGAGGAGAGAGUUGAAACAGCACUUUUCCAUAUAGUUAAUUCCUUUUUAUGUCAGAAAUAUUUUUCAGAGGAUUAUGCCACUGUAUUUACUUCAGCCUAAUGGUGAAUUAUGUUUUCAGUACAUAAAUGGUGUCAUAUUCAUGUUAAAGGAUUCUUUUCACUAGACCUUUGUUAGAGUUUUAGAAGUUCGUUCUGUGGCUCAGUUGUAUUACUUACUAGAAUUUUUCCCUAGAUUCUUUAACUGAAAUUAAAACUAAAAAUAACCAUUGCCCUCCACUCACACUUUAUUUUGGGGAGGGGUAACAUUCUUCUUUUCUUGUCUCCUUUUAAAUUUAUUUCCUUACUCUGUUCUAAAAAUCAUGGUGUAAUAUGUCUAAACUGAGCAGAAAGCCAUCAUAAUGGUCUUCAGUUCUAAUGGCACUUUAAAUUCCAGUGUUUAACCAUAUGGAAAACACUAGCUUAUUUGAUGUAGUUACACAGAAGUUAGCUAGAGGGCUUUUCAGGAUCUUUGUUGUAUUUUCCUUUUUAAUUCCAUUUAAAAGUUUCUAUGUCUCGGCCAAAAGCAUCAUACCAAAGAAAAGGAGUUCAAACUCAGCUACUCCUGAGGCUGACCUCAAACACCAGUUUGGAGAUACUCUAAGUGGGCAGCCAUCAGAAGAAUUAUUAUGUGAUAAAUGGGAUUAGUAAAGUCAGCCCAGUAACCAAUUUUUAGGAACUAGAUGAAUUCUGUGGUCAGCUGUAUAAAUUACUUUUUGAUGGCACUACUCUUAGAAACAAAGGUCAUUUUUUAGUAUUAGAGGUAGGUAUAGAGAUAUAGAUAUAGAUAUAGAUAUGAUACAGACAAUCUGGGAGCCUGCAACUGCAGGUUUCUCUUCUAUCCCCAGUGAGAGUUGGAAUGGUAAUACCAAUAUCUCUCCUUCCUGGGACCUGGUCUAUCACAGAGGCAUAGUCUUAUUUAAUAAGCAACCUAAACUUGGAGGAGAAUUAGAAUUGGAAAGCAGGAAACAGUUUCUUUUUAUAGCCAUUAUUGUUACUUUUCUUUUUUUAUUGUUCAGUUACAGUUGUCCCCAUUCCCACCUAUUGUUCUACCCCGCCCCAUCCAGCCUUCCUCACCCUGCCCUGCUCCCAGAGCCAUUCCUUACCCCAUUGUCCUUGUCCAUGAGUCCUUUGUACAUGUUCCUUGACUUGACCCUUCCCCUUGUUUCCCCCAUUAUCCCUAUUCCUCCUCCACUCUGGUCCCUGUCAAUUUGUUCAUUAUUUCCAUGUCUAUGGCUCUUUUGAUUACGUUCCACUUAUAGGUGAGAUUAUAAGGCAUUUGUCUUUCACUACCUGGCUUAUUUUACUUAGCAAAAUACUCAUUUCCAUCCAUGCUGUACUGAAGGGUAGGAGUUCUUUCUGCCUGUAGUAUUCCAACAUGUACAAUACCACCAUUUUUUAAUCUGAUUUACUGAUGGGCACUUGGGCAAUUUCCAGCACUUGGCUAUUGUAAAUAGUGCUGCUAUAAACAUAGGGGUGUGUAGGUUCUUUUGAAUUUGUGUUUCAGGAUUCUGAGGGUAUAAUCCCAGCAGUGGAAUUACUGGAUCAAAAGGGUAGUCCAUUUUCAGAUUUUUGAGGGAAUUCCAUACUGUUCUCCACAGUGGUUGCACCAGUCUGCAUUUCCACCAACAGUUACUAGGGUUCCCUUUUCUCCACAACCUCCCAGCACUUGUUUAUUGAUGUGUUUAUGAUGGCCAUUCUAACUGGUGUGAAGUGGUAUGUCAUUGUGGUUUUAAUUUGCAUCUCUGAUGGCUAGUGAUGUUGAGUGUCCUUUCAUAUGUCUCUGGGCCAUCUGUAUGUCCUCCCUGGAGGUAUCUGUUUAGAUCCUUUGCCCAAUUUUUAAUUGUAUUGUCUGUCUUCCUGGUGUGGAGUCAUGUGAGUUCUUUAUAUAUUUUGGAGGUCAAAUUCAUGUCUUAGGUAUCAUUGGCAAAUAUGUUUUCCCACACACUUGGUUCCCUUUUUAUUUUGCUGAUGUUUUCUUUAGCCAUGCAGAAGCUUUUUAAUUUAGUAUUGCCCCAUUUGUUUAUUCUUUCCUUCAUGUCCCUUGUGCCAGGGCAGAUAUUGGUGAAAAUGUUGCUGCAUGGGAUAUCUGAAAUUUUCCUGCCUAUGUUCUUUAGGACUUCUAUGGUAUCAUUUAUAUUUAAGUCUUUUAUGUAUCUUGAGUUUAUUUUUGUGUAUGGUGUAAGUUGGUGGUCGAGUUUCUUUCUUUCUUUUUUUUUUGCAUGUACCUGUCCAGAUCUCCUAAUACCUUGUAUCCAUGAGGCUACUUUUACUCCAUUUUAUGCUCCUGCCCCCUUUAUUGAGUAUUAAUUGAUCAUAGGGACAUGGGUUUCUUUCUGGGUUCUCUAUUCUGUUCCACUGAUCUUUGUGUCUGUCCUUAUGCCUGUACCAGACUGUUUUGAUUACAGCAGCCUUGUAACAUAGUUUGAUAUCAGGUAUUGUGAUCCUGCCUACUUUGUUCUUCUUUUUCAAAAUUGCUGAGGCUAGGACUUCCGCCAAGAUGGAAGCGUAGGUGGAAACACCUUGCGUCUGCGCACAACCAAAUCUAAAAACAACAAAGUUUUAACAACAAACGCAAUCAAACCACACAGAAAAUCAACAGUACGGAGUCCGAAAACAACAAAAUGCUCAGCUAAACCAGUAAGAGGGGCGAAGCCAGCAGCGGAGCAUGUUGGCCAAAAAGAUCCCCAACCGGGGUCGUGCACAAGCAGCCGGAGGCAUGGAUCCCAGGUGCGGGCUAGCUACCGGCAGACACCGGGAAGAGGCACGGCUGGCUGUCUGCGGUGAGUCGAGCAUUUGCUUGCAGAUAAACCAAUGAAGAGGCGAGCAUUGAGACCACAGGGCGCAGGGUAGCGGGCUCGCACAUUUCCGCUCAGAUCAACAGAGGGGGGCGAGCAGAGAGGACCGCCAUUGCUCCCUCUCUGGCCCCGCCCUGGUAAACAACUAAGGCUCUGCUCCUCAUACGUAACAGGCACAAACAGAUAAAAAUGUGGCUCAAGAACAACUCAGAGCCCAUAAAUCUAAGCGACCAAGAAAUAGCCAAACUUUCAGAUGCACAGUUCAAAACACUGGUGAUCAGGAUGCUCACAGAACUGGUUGAUUUGGGUCACAAAUUAGAGGAACAUAUGAAGGCUAAACUAAUUGAAAUGAAUGGAAAUGCACAGGAAACCAAUAGUAAUAGAAAGGAAACUGGGACUCAAAUCAAAGGAGUGGGCCAGAAAGAGGAAAAAAGUGACCAAACAGAAAAGGAUGAAGAAACAAGAAUUCAAAAAAAUGAGGAGAGACUUAGGAACCUCCAGGACAUGUUUAAACGUUCCAACAUCCGAAUUAUAGGGGUACCAGAAGGGGAAGAGGAACAACCACGAGUGAAAAACUUAUUUAAACAAAUAAUAAAGGAGAAUUUCCCCAAUCCGGCAAAGGCAAUAGACUUCCAGGAAAUCCAGGAAGCUCAGAGUCCCAAAGAAGUUGGACCCAAGAAGGAACACACCAAGGCACAUCAUAAUUAUAUUAGCCAAGAUUCAAAUGAAGGAGAGAAUUCUAGAAGCAGCAAGAGAUAAGGGGACAGUCACCUAUAAAGGAGUUCCCGUCGGACUGUCAGCUGAUUUCUCAAAAGAGACCUUAUAGGCAAGAAGGGGCUGGAAAGAGGUAUUCCAAGUCAUGAAAACCAAAGACCUACAACCAAGAUUGCUCUAUCCAGCAAAGUUUUCAUUUAGAAUGGAAGGACAGAUAAAGUGCUUCUCAGAUAAGAUCAAAUUCAAGGAGUUCAUCAUCACCAAGCCCUUAUUAUAUGAAAUGUUGAAGGGAUUUACCUAAGAAAAAGAAGAUAAAAAAGAUGGACAGUGAAAGGACAGCAAACUCAGUUAUUAACAACCACACCUAAAACAAAAGCAAAUUAAGAGGACAGCUAGAUCAGGAGUGAACCAUAGAAAUGAAGAUCACGUGGAGGAUUAGCAACAGGGGAGUGGGAGAAGUGGGGAGAAGGUACAGAAAAUAAGUAGCAUAGACAGUAGAUAAAAAAUAGGGGGGAGGGUAAGAAUAGUAGGGGAAAUACAGAAUCUAAAGAACUUGAGACAG